GGCCGGCGGUCCGCCCCCGCCCCUGGCCGGCGGUCCGGCCCCGCGGCGCCGCUUCCGGUGCGGGCCCCGCCCCGGCUGUGGCCCCCGGCUGCGGAGGAGUCCGAGACGCAGCUGCCGCGCCGGGGCCUGAGCGGCCGCCUCCUCCUCCGCCGACCGAAAACCCGGAGCGCCCCGCACAGGUUUAGACCCAGUGUGCCUGGUGGGCUGUGCCCAGGUUCAGAGUCAUGCCACUCUGUGGGUGAAGCUUGAGGCAAUAAUGGAACCACUUCAGCAGCAGCAGCAGCAGCAGCAGCAACAGAAGCAGCCACACCUGGCUCCUCUGCAGAUGGAUGCCAGAGAGAAGCACGGCCAGCAAAUGAGAGAAGCCCAGUUCUUGUAUGCCCAAAAGCUGGUCACACAGCCGACUCUCCUUUCUGCCACACCUGGGAGGCCUUCUGGCAGCACUCCCUUAGGUCCCUUAGCCAGAAUUCCACCCACCACAGGAGUGGCCCAAGUCUUUGAACGGGGCAACGUGAACUCAGAGCCUGAGGAAGAGGAUGGAGGUUUGGAAGAUGAGGACGGGGAUGAUGAAGUUGCGGAGGUGGCUGAGAAAGAAACCCAGGCUGCUUCAAAAUAUUUUCACGUGCAGAAAGUAGCUCGCCAAGAUCCCAGAGUGGCGCCCAUGUCCAAUCUACUUCCAGCACCAGGGCUGCCACCACAUGGACAACAAGCUAAAGAAGACCAUACCAAAGAUGCUUCCAAGGCCCUACCUUCUGUCUCCACAGCAGGGCAGCCAAACUGGAAUCUGGAUGAGCAGCUCAAGCAGAAUGGUGGUUUGGCCUGGAGUGAUGAUGCAGAUGGAGGCCGAGGAAGAGAGAUCUCUCGAGAUUUUGCCAAGCUGUAUGAACUGGACGGUGAUCCUGAAAGGAAAGAGUUCCUGGAUGACCUCUUCGUCUUUAUGCAGAAGAGGGGGACCCCCAUCAACCGAAUCCCCAUCAUGGCCAAGCAGAUCCUGGACCUGUACAUGCUGUAUAAGCUGGUGACUGAGAAGGGGGGCCUGGUGGAGAUCAUCAACAAGAAGAUUUGGAGGGAGAUCACCAAAGGCCUGAACCUGCCCACAUCCAUCACCAGUGCCGCCUUCACCCUCAGGACCCAGUACAUGAAGUAUCUGUAUGCCUAUGAGUGUGAGAAGAAAGCCUUGAGUUCCCCAGCCGAGCUCCAGGCAGCCAUUGAUGGCAACCGCAGGGAGGGCCGGCGGCCCAGCUACAGCUCCUCCCUCUUUGGCUACUCACCUGCUGCGGCUACUGCUGCUGCCACUGCCCCUGCCCUCCUCUCCCCACCCAAGAUCCGCUUUCCCAUCCUUGGGCUUGGCUCUAGCAGUGGCAGCAAUACCAGUAGCCCUCGGAUAUCCCCAGCAACCACUCUCAGGAAAGGUGAUGGAGCCCCAGUGACAGCAGUGCCUGUGCCAAAUCGCCUGGCUGUGCCCGUGACCUUGGCAAACCAGCAGGCUGGUACUCGGACCGCCGCGCUGGAGCAGCUGAGGGAGCGGCUGGAGUCAGGGGAGCCUGCUGAGAAGAAGGCGUCGAGGCUGUCCGAGGAGGAGCAGCGCCUGGUGCAGCAGGCCUUCCAGCGCAACUUUUUCACCAUGGCACGACAGCUCCCCAUGAAGAUCAGGAUCAACGGCAGGGCAGAAGACAGAGCAGAGGCCUCGGCUGCAGCACUGAACCUGACUACGAGUAGCAUUGGGAGCAUUAACAUGUCCGUGGACAUCGAUGGCACCACCUACGCAGGUGUGCUGUUUGCCCAGAAGCCUGUGGUCCACCUCAUCGCGGGGUCUGCUCCCCAGAGCCUCGGCAGCAGCGCCAGCAGCAGCAGCAGCUCUCACUGCUCACCAAGUCCUACCUCAUCCCGGGGCACCCCCAGCGCAGAGCCCUCCACCAGCUGGUCCCUCUAAUGGGCAGGACCCAGCUUCCCACUUGCCACUCUCCUGUCAAGAGUGAAGGAAGUUGAUGCACAGAAUUUACCUCAUCUCACGGAGCCCACGUCGACGAGCACCAUUUGGCCAGACAUUGAGAGUUUGGAUGUGCCUGUCUGUCCAGGUUCCAUUCAGGUCCUGCUGUACUCUGGGGUCAGGGAGAGGCUAGAGGGGCAGGACAGACAGCGUUGUCCAAUCAGGGAUUGUCCUGGAGAACUGGGUGGGGGUCUGUGGGUGUCCAGCUUCCUCCGGGGUUCCCCAGCCACUUCCCAGCUCGGGGUACAGUGUAUUGACAAUCUGUCAGCUGACACAGGGCUGGAGGCCCUCCAUUUCCCUUACCCUUUAAUUUAUUUCCCUGCCCCUGCCUUCUGGCAUGACCCCAGGGCCACUAGUCUCUUCCCCUGUUUUUAAGUCCCAUAUGGGGCUGCUAGGAGCCAAGAGCAUGCCUUCAUG